AUGGCGACAACACAGGCGGCGCAUGAGAAUGGCCUGAGCCAGGAUACCGUCUUGAUCAUGAUGCCGAUCGAUCCGAUGCAGGAGGUCAUCGAUCGCCUUCAGAACAAGUUCCCAGGCGUCAAGAUCCGUUGGCAGAACACCAAAUCCCCGACGGGGGUGAUGCGCAGCGAGGACAUGGCGCCCGAGCUCUUCGACGGUGUCACCAUCGUGUGUGCCUAUCUGGUUCCCCCGGCAUCGCUGCUGCCCAAGGUGCGAUUCGUGCAAUUGACGUCGUCGGGGGCAGACCAGUGCAUCGAACACCCACUCUACAAGCAGGCACAUAUCCCCUUUUGCACGGCCAACGGUGCCCAUCCACCCCAGAUUGCCGAAUGGGUCAUUGGAUCAUGGCUGUCUCACCAGCACCAAUUCGACAAGUACCGGGCAUACAUGACGGACGGCUACUGGGAACCGGCGUAUCAAGUCCGCGUGCAGGAUUCGUCGGGCCUGCGAAUGGGCAUUCUAGGCUAUGGCGCCAUUGGCCGGCAAUGUGCCAACCUGGCAAGAGCUUUGGGCAUGGACGUGGUAGCUUUCACCAUGCGUGAACGGCCGACGCCUGAGUCUCGGAAGGACGACAGCUACUGCGAGCCAGGGACCGGCGACCCGGACGGGCUGAUUCCGUCUCGGUGGUUUCAUGGAACCACCAAGUCGGCGCUGAACGAGUUCCUGGCCCAGGGCCUGGACAUAUUGGUCAUCAGUCUGCCGAUGACGGCGGCGACGCGCAACUUGAUCGCCAAGGAGCAGUUCGACAUCCUGGCGGAGCGGAAGACCUUUAUAUCCAACGUCGGCCGGGGCGGGCAUGUGAACACCGGAGAUCUGAUUGCCGCCUUGGAACAGGGAUUGAUUCGGGGCGCCGCGGUGGACGUGACCGAUCCCGAGCCACUGCCACCGUCACACCCGCUGUGGAAGGCGCCCAACUUGUUGAUCACCCCGCAUGUAAGUUGGGUGUCGAGCAACUAUUCGAGGAGGCUCCUGGAUAUCCUCGAGCACAAUCUCACCGCUCUGAGUGGCGUGCCCGGCACGUCUUUUGUGAACCUGGUCAACAAGGAGUUACAUUAUUAG